AUGAAAAUACACGGUACCGGCGGCAGGACGCUCCACCGGAGGCUUCUGGCAAUGCACGUUGUUGCGUCCGUCAAUAUGAGCGCAGGGGCAGCGAAGUACAUGUUUCCCCUUUCGGAUGCUUCGUGCCGGGUGUCUCAUCGAGCAUGGAUCGCUUCACUCCUGUUAUACGACGUGAGCGCACCACAGGCGGCGUGCCUGGUGCUGUUUCUCCUUGCAAAGACCAGCGUUACGAACGGCAACAGAACUCUCACCUCUUGGGAAAAAGGCAUUACCUGGUGGUCUCGCUUCUGGGCCUGGAUAUACCUGCCAGUGUCAGCAACGGUGCUGGGCCUUCGCUUUCCUGGCGAGGUAAAUUCGGAGGGAACGGCGUGUUUCAAUAGCUACGGGGAGGAGACGGAAACUAGGGAGGUCGGCGAUGUGGCUGGAUUCGCUAGCAACAACGUGUUGUUGACUGUCCAGUGCGCGACGGAGGAGGCCGCCCUAGCGCAAGUCGUGGAGCAUGAGAGCGACGUGGACUCCGUGGAAGACCAGGCGUUUUGUGCCGUGGCAGUCCCCCCAGGCGAGUGUGGUACCGUUGGUGAAGUAGGUCUAGUGGGGGUUGUGGAACAAGGCCAGGCGGUGUACGUGGCCGACACAGCGGCCACGUGCUCCACGUUCCGAUGUCCAGACAACUUCGUGAACUACCGUGAGCGUAGCGGUUGGGUGAAGGGGAUCGGAGGCACAAGGCCCCCGUUCCUCUUCUAGGAUACGGAGAUGUGACCUUAGUCCUACAGACGGAAGAUGGUGGAGUACCCGUACCAGUACUGAAUGCUGUCCAUGUACCAGAGGCCCCCUACA